AUGAUGAAAAAGCUGUGGGGAGACCGAUACUUUGAUCCAUCCACCGGCAAGUUCAGCAAGUCAGCCAACAGCCCUGAUGGCAAGAAGCUGCCAUGGACGUUCUGCCAGCUCAUUCUGGAUCCAAUCUUCAAGUUGUUUGAUGCAAUCAUGAACUUCAAGAAAGAGGAGAUGGCAAAACUAAUUGAAAAACCGGACAUCGAGUUGGACAGUGAAGAUAAGGACAAGGAGGGCAAACCACUUCUGAAGGCUGUGAUGCGCUGCUGGCUGCCUGCUGGGGGCGCCCUGCUGCAGAUGAUCACCAUCCACCUGCCUUCCCCUGUGACGGCCCAGCAGUACCGCUGUGAGUUCCUGUAUGAGGGGCCCCCAGACGAUGAGGCAGCCAUGGGCAUUAAAAGCUGUGAUCCCAAAGGCCCUCUCAUGAUGUACAUUUCCAAAAUGGUGCCGACUUCUGACAAAGGUCAGUUCUAUGCUUUCGGCUGGGUCUUCUCAGGGCUGGUGUCCACUGGACUGAAGGUCCGCAUCAUGGGACCCAACUAUACUCCUGGGAAGGAGGAGGACCUGUACCUGAAGCCGAUCCAGAGGACAAUCCUGAUGAUGGGCUGUUAUGUGGAGCCCAUCGAGGAUAUGCCUUGUGGCAACAUUGUGGGCCUUGUGGGCAUGGACCAGUUCCUGGUGAAGACUGGCACCAUCACCACCUUCGAGCAUGCCCACAACAUACAAGUGAUGAAGUUCAGUGUGAGCCCUGUUGUCAGGGUCGCUGUGGAGGCCAAGAACCCAGCCGACCUGCCCAAGCUGGUGGAAGGUCUGAAGCGGCUGGCCAAGUCGGACCCCAUGGUGCAGUGCAUCAUCAAGGAGUCUGGGGAGCACAUCAUUGCAGGGGCUGGGGAGCUGCACUUGGAAAUCUGCCUCAAGGACCUGCAUGAGGAUCACGCCUGCAUCCCCAUCAAGAAACCUGACCCAGUUGUCUCAUACCGGGAGACUGUCAGUGAGGAGUCGAACGUACUCUGCCUGUCCAAGUCCCCCAACAAGCACAAUAGGCUUUACAUGAAGGUGUGGCCCUUCCCUGAUGGCCUGGCUGAGGACAUCGACAAGGGCGAGGUGUCCGCCCGCCAGGAGCUCAAGCAGCGGGCCUGCUACCUGGCUGAGAAGUAUGAGUGGGAUGUGGCCGAGGCCCGUAAGAUCUGGUGCUUCGGCCCUGAUGGCACGGGCCCCAACAUCUGCACAGACAUCAGUGUGCAGUACCUCAGUGAGAUCACGGACAGUGCGGUUGCUGGCUUCUAG